AUGGGGAGAGUCAGCAACAGGAGAAAAGAGAACGCCUACCUGGGUGACCAGCAGACGACCCUAGAUGAGGAAGCGGACGACAGCCUCCCGAGUUUCGUGUCAGCCAUCCAGAACGUGACAGUCUCCGUGGGACGCGACGCGAGACUCUCCUGUGUGGUGGAGAACCUGGGAGACUACAGGGUGGCGUGGAUCUACAAGGGCACGGGUGGCAGGACAGUACUGACAGUGGCCACGCAGGUGAUCACCAAAAACCCAAGGAUCUCUGCCACGCAGGAGGCACAGGCUUGGGUGCUGACGGUGACCAGUCUGACCCAGCGUGACCAGGGCGUGUACAUGUGCCAGGUCAACACCAAGCCGGCCAGGAAGCAGCUCGGGUAUAUCAGGGUGGUGGUGCCGCCCACCAUAGACGACAAGGCCAGCAGCAGUGACGUGUCGGUGAGCGAAGGAGGCGAGGCUGUGUUGACGUGUGAGGCGAGUGGAGACCCUCAACCCGCCAUCCGCUGGGUGAGGGAGGACGGCCAACCGCUACCUGCCACUGCCAAUGCUUCAGUCUCCGAGGAACACUUGGGUCGUAGUCUGGUGCUGUCCUCCGCGUCCCGGAAUGCCAGUGGCGCCUACCUGUGUAUCGCCACUAACGGCGUGCCCCCUGCGGUCAGCAAGAGGAUUCUGCUCUCCGUCAGCUUCCCGCCGGAGGUUGUGCAGCAGGCGGGGGACGUGGUGGUGGGCGUGGCGGGGGGCGUAGGAGGCGUGGGGGAGCUUAGGUGCAGGUUCUGGGCGUGGCCACGGAGCAAGGUGACGUGGCUGCGGGGACCCAGAGAGGUGAACCUGACGAGGAGAGGAAUGACCGCCGCCACCACGAGGGAGGAGGCGGCGUGGGGACUAUGGACGUCUGAGCUGCGCGUGAAGGUGCGCGACGUGGAGGACCUUGGCCAUUACCGUUGCUUAGUGACCAACCAGCACGGGGACGCCGCUUGCACCUUCCAGCUUGUGGAAAUCACCACCACCACCACCACCACAACCACCACCACCAUCACCACUACCAGCACCAGCACCAGCACAGUCGCACCUCCACCUCAUCACCGCAUCAAUCCUCCACCGGCCUCCACCUCGGCGCCGGCAGGAACCCAGCCUCCAUUCGUCCCUUGGAGGAAAAUUCACGAUAAAGGCCCCACCACCACCAUCACUACCAUCGGCCCCAACAGUGUGCUUGAAGGAGCAGAAGGUGUGGCGGCGGAUGACGAUCCUGACCUUAAGCAUCGCAAGACGCCCCUCAGAUACUUUGAGCCGCCCACCUCUUCCUCAUCUCGCCUCUCUGCCUCGUCUCUCCUUGGGACAUGUGUGGCGCACGUCAUCCUCGUCGUCCUCCUCUUCGCCAGAUCCUAAGGACGUCGUCGCACACACACACACACACACACACACACACACUCACACACACACACACACACACACACACACACACACACACACACACAAGGGUUACACGUUCGUCAGUAAGAGAGUGAGAGAGUUAGAGUAAGUAGAGAUUAAAGAUAAUAAUCCUCACACCUUUCUUCCUCCCUUACUCGUUCAAUACUCGAUGACACACACACACACACACACACACACACACACACACACACACACACAAAGCCAUUCACUGAAACACUUCAUCGUCCUACAGCAGGUUAUGUCUCUCCAUCAUGUCCUUUCAUUAUUUUAAUUUUUGCCUCUACCCUUAAGGAAGUAUACUGUGUGGCGCUCCUCUUAUUAUAAAAAAAAGAAAAUAUUGUCUCUGUU